AACAAACCCACACAACACUUGCUGCCUGCUCUCUGCGAUACUGAAACAAUUUCUCCAUUGCAUGUUAGAGGCAAGAAAACUGAUGGAACAGUCUCUUUCCUUGUGUCUUCUUUUUCCAUAUUUGUUGCGUUCUUCUCUUUCAGGGCGCGCCAUUGUCAGUUUGUCACUCUCUCUUCAGUAGCAUCAGUACUCAAGUAGUCAGCAAUGGAGCAGCAUCCAAGAAAAAAGCAACCAAAUUAAAUGGCAGUACCAAUGUCAAUUAAUUUCCAUGAUUUAAUUGACUGAUUUCCAAGAACAAAAAUUAGUUGUCACUCAUUACUUUUGACACAAAUCUCCUUUCCCUCCAUUCUCCAUUUCUUCUCUCUCUCUCUCUCUUCCGCUCUUCGUCUGUCCUUCGCCACCUCGAUUCCCGCACCGCGCCAGAUUCGUCGUCGAUCCUUUCCUCCCUCUCUCCGGCCGUCGCGCGUUGAUGGAGCCGGCGGCGGAGAAUUGCAGCGUCAAGGUAGCACUUCACGUUCGUCCGCUCGUUCCGGACGAGCGUGCUCAAGGUUGCCGGGAAUGCGUAGCCGUCGUCCCGGGAAAGCCUCAGGUCCAAAUCGGUGGCUCGCAUUCGUUUACAUUUGAUAAUGUCUACGGUAGUGGUGGUUCAUCGCCAUCCGCCAUGUACGAGGAAUGCGUUGCUCCAUUGGUCGAUGGAUUGUUUCAGGGGUACAAUGCUACUGUGCUCGCCUAUGGGCAGACAGGAUCCGGGAAGACUUAUACAAUGGGUACGGGAGCUAGAGAUGGUUCCCAGAGUGGACUGAUUCCUCAAGUCAUGAAUGCACUGUUCCACAAGAUUGAAACGGCAAAGCAUCAGACUGAGUUCCAGUUGCAUGUGUCUUUCAUUGAGGUUCUCAAUGAAGAAGUGAGAGACCUGCUGGAUUCUGUCUAUGUGGGUAAAUCCAUGGCUAUCAAUACUGGGAAGGUGGCAGUGGCUGGGAAGCGUACGAUACAAAUUCGCGAGUCCACAAGUGGGGUUAUAACAUUGGCAGGUUCAACUGAAGUUGCUGUUAGCUCAUUGGAGGAAAUGUCUGCUUGCUUGGAGCAGGGAUCAUUAAGCAGGUCCACAGGAAGUACAAACAUGAACAAUCAGUCUAGUCGGUCACAUGCCAUCUUCACAAUCACAUUAGAGCAGAUGCGUAAACUCCAUUCAGAUUGUCCUGAAACCCCAGAUGAAGAUAUGGGUGAAGAAUUCUUCAGUGCAAAGCUCCAUUUGGUUGAUCUAGCUGGAUCCGAAAGAGCAAAACGAACUGGUUCUGAUGGUCUUCGUUGGAAGGAAGGCAUUCACAUAAAUAAGGGACUUCUUGCCCUUGGUAAUGUCAUCAGUGCUUUAGGAGAUGAAAAAAGGCGAAAAGGAAGUCUACAUGUUCCCUAUCGAGAUAGUAAACUUACUCGACUCUUGCAGGAUUCACUUGGAGGAAACAGCAAAACAGUUAUGAUAGCUUGCAUUAGUCCUGCUGACAUUAAUGCUGAUGAAACUCUUAACACUCUCAAAUAUGCAAAUCGGGCCCGUAAUAUUCAAAAUAAGCCUAUUGUCAAUAAAGAUUUAAUAUCAAAUGAGAUGCAAUCUAUGCGGCAGCAGCUAAAGUUGUUACAGGAAGAACUUUGCGCUCGCGGAGGAGGUCCUCCUUCAGAUGAGGUUCAGGUCCUUAGAGACAGGAUUUCUUUUUUAGAAGCUAGCAAUGAAGCCCUUUCUCAAGAGCUUCAUGUGUACCGGAGCAGAUGUGCUAAUGUACAGCAGUGGGAAAUUGAUGAUCCGGAAUGCCAUCCUUGUGGAAAACUUGAUGGACAUAAGUUGAGCUUCCAGAGUAUGGAUUCCUCUGAUUGUCAAAUGGAUGAAUCAAUAUCAGGAGAAAGAUCUACUGAAAUUGAUGAGGCGGCAACAGAGUGGGAGCAUGCAAUUCGGACGAGGUGCAUGAGCAAGGAACUGAAUGGGCUAAAUCGACUGUUGGAGCGAAAGGAGUCUGAGAUGGAACUUUUUGGAGGGUUUGACAUUGAAGCUCUAGAGCAACACUUAAAUAAGAAAAUUGCGGAACUUGAAGAUGAGAAAAAGGUCAUGCAGAUUGAGAAUCUUGCUGCGGGGUUAGGAGAAAAAUCUCACAAAUUACUUGAUGUUCAUGAACAGAAAAUAAAAAUGCUUGAGGCACAGACCUAUUUGCUCUGUCGAAUUCAGAUAUUAGAUUUUAGAAGCAAACCAGAGAGCUAUGUCGAAAUUUUAAAACAAAAGCAAAAGAGUGAUGAGGCAGCAAUCAGGCUGCAAACUGAAAUACAGUAUAUGAAGGCAGAAAAGGUGCAAUUGCAGCAAAAUAUUAAACAAGAAGCUGAACAAUUUCGGCACUGGAAGGCCUCCCAACAGAAAGAACUGCUGCAGGUUCUCCAAAGGAAGACGGAAGAAGCUGCCUUAGCUACGCAAAAGUUAAAGGAGUUGUUGUCGGAAUCCCUAAAACCUCCAGCUGCUGUUUUAAACAGGCAUGGAUCAUUUGGACAGGGCAAUGAAAUGCAACGUUUGGUUGAUCACAAAUUAGAAGUGAUGGUGAAAAUGCAUGAAGUUCGUUGUCAACAUGAGAAGCAGGGAAAAGUGCAUGCUGAACUGGCAGAAGAACUGGGCUUGGAAAAAAUGAAUCAGCUUUCUCCUGAUGUGCAGAGUCCAGGAAAAGCAGAUCAUAGGCAUCCUAGUUCGGCGUUGAUGUCACCGAGUGAAAAAUUGGAGCGAAUAGCUUUCCUGGGCGAUUUGUUGACCCUAUCUUCAAAUGUGCUCACUGCAAUGUCUGCACAACUUUCUGAAGCAGAAGAAAAGGAGCAAGCCUCCAUUAGUUGUGGACAUUGGAGCCAAUUGUGCUCCCUGGCAGAAGCCAAGAACCUUCUGCAAUAUACGUUCAAUGCUGCUGUGGAUGCAAGAUGUAGGAUGUGGGAGAGAGAAAUGGAGAUAAAGGACAUUAAGGAUCAAUUAGUUGAGCUAGUGAAGCUGUUAAAUGAAAGCGAGGCCCAGAAAUUGAUACUCUUGAAGGAGCAAAAGAUGAGAGAACAAGCUGUCGCCAUUGCCCUUGCAGCAUCAUCGUCAACUGUGUGUCAUUCUCGGAGUUCAUCUAAGCAGUAUAAUACGGAAGACAUUAGUGGCCCCCUAUUUCCAACAUCACUGCCAACUUCAAAGCAACUGAAAUUCACACCAGGGAUCGUUAAUGAUUCUCUCAUAGAAUCAACUGCAUUUCUCAACCAGACCAGAAAGAUGGUACCACUUGGACAAGUAUCGGCGAAAAAGCUGGUAGCAGGCAGUGGGCAGAGUGGGAAAAUGUGGAGAUGGAAGAGGAGCCAUCAUCACGAGUCGUCGGUGCAGUUCAAGUGGAAGUGGCAGAAACCAUGGAAGCUCUCCGAAUGGAUCAAACACAGCGAUGAAACGAUUAUGAGAGCAAGACCUCUUCACCAGACACUCUUGGCUGGCAAGAUGAUAUGAACCUCAUUUCAACCAACUCAACCAUUGUUGUGCACGCAUCUGAGGUAAUACUUCCCUCGCAACCUUGCAUCAACUUAGACGAUGGUCAUUUGCAGUUGUACCAUAAUGUCUCAUUUUGACAUAUUGUGCGGUUUCUCUUCUCAUUUCUGCAAUGCUAGUUUUGCUCAAGGCUAGGGUAAAUCCGUGUCCAUCCCAAUCCGUUUUACAUUCUAUGAUUGUAUGAUUGAUGAGUUGUUCUUAUUCUUUUGUAAUUCUUUGUUCCUUUCCUGUCGAAGGGAAUAAAUGCUGGCAUAAGUUAUGUAAGCAUAACCGUUGUUGUAUCAUUUCUCUGCUAGUGUGACUUUCCUUCUGAAUUUAUUUUGCCAAGGUAGAGAGUUGUUGCCCCCUGUAUUUCUGUAAGAUUCAAUUUGUUAGUUUAUCAUCCAAUUAUUAUUAGGGGAGGGGAUUCUUAUCGUGACUUGAGAGUUGAGAUCAUUGUGAUUUGGAGAAAAUAAUCUUCGCUUUUGGUAAAUGGUCGGCUGGAUGUCACAUUUACUUUUUGUGUACAC